AUGAAAAUUAAAGUUAUAUCAAGAUCAGAAGAAGAAGAAACUAAAGAAAAAGCAUCAGAUGUUAGAAAAUUACAUAGAAAUUUAGAUCCAAAUUUACAUCCAUUUGAAAGACCUAGAGAAUAUGUUAGAGCAUUGAAUGCAACUAAAUUGGAUAGAGUAUUUGCAAAACCAUUUAUUGGAUCAUUAUCAGGACAUACAGAUGGUAUUUUCACAAUGACAAGACAUCCAACACUUUUGAAUAAUGUAGCAAGUGGUAGUUGUGAUGGUGUAAUUAAAUUAUGGAAUCUUACAUCAUUAACAGAGCGUACAACAGUUCAAGCACAUAAUGGAUUCGUUCGUGGAUUAGUAUUUACACCAGAUGGUAAACAUAUGGUAAGUUGUGGUGAAGAUAAAACCAUUAAAAUGUGGAAAUUAGAUUUACCAGAAUAUACAUUCAAUCAAGAGGUAAUUUCAAUCUAUAAUGGAAAGAAUGCAUUCACAUCGAUUGAUCAUCAAUUAAAUAGUACAACCUUUGCAACUAGUGGACCAACAUCAGUUGAAAUUUGGAAACAUCAACGUUCUACACCCAUUCAAACACUUCAAUGGGGUCAUUCAACCAUUACCAAAGUUAAAUUCAAUCCAAUUGAAACUCAUCUUUUAGCAAGUUGUACCACUGAUCGUGAUAUUAUCCUCUACGAUAUUCGUGAGAAUUCACCUGCUCAAAAAUUAACAACCUCAAUGAGAUCAAAUUCAAUCGCUUGGUGUCCAACUGAAUCAUUUACAUUGGCAAUUGCAAAUGAAGAUGAAAAUGUUUACCAAUAUGAUAUUAGAAAUCUUUCAAAAGCAAUGACAGUACAUAGAGAUCAUGUAGGUUCAGUAUUGGAUAUCGAUUACUCUCCAACCGGUAGAGAGAUUGUUUCAGGUUCAUACGAUAAAACCAUUCGUAUCUUUCCUGUCGAUAGUUAUAAAUCACGUGAAGUUUAUUAUACAAAUAGAAUGCAAAGAAUUUUCUCAGUUUUAUUCACUGCCGAUAGUAGAUUCAUUCUCUCUGGUAGUGAUGAUAUGAAUAUUAGAGUUUGGAAAGCAAAUAGUUCUGCUCCAUUAGGUAUCCUUUCAAAUCGUGAAAAAGAGAAAUUAGAAUAUCAAGAUAAAAUCAAAGAGAAAUUCAAAGAAAUACCUGAACUUAAAACUAUUGCAACCCACAGAAGAGUACCACAACUCGUUUAUAAAAGAAGAUUUAUUAAAAAUGAAAUUCAUAAAGCAAAACAAAGAAGAGUUAAAAAUAUUUCAAAUAAUUCUGGUAAAUCUCCAAAAGUUGAAAAAGUUUUAUCAAAACAUACAAUUAAAGUUGAUAAUUAA